AUGUUAUUCUCCUUCUUGAGACUCUGUUUUGUCCUGCUUACGGCAUGGACAACUUGGGCUGCGGCCGAUUUUGCGCUGUACAAAAACUAUGAUGCAGACGCCUUGAUUGCUGGGCUCUCUCUGAGCAGUACGUGUCUUGCAGCACUGAACACCACCGUCUCUUGCAAUGAAACCGCUAUUAGCCUAUUAGGACACGGGGCAGACAUCCACUUCUGGACGACUGCUGAGGUAGAGAACCUCUGCACGACAGACUGUGUCUCGUCCCUUAGUUUCUGGAAGGAUAAUGUUGCAACAGUCUGUGCAGAAGAGACCACAAUCCAGGGCAAUGUCGUGGUCAAGGCGAGAGCGCUACCACUGACAUUUACCUAUAAUUCCGAUCUUGUAUGCAUGAAGGACAGUUCAUCAAAUUGGUGUUUCCUGGUCUCUCAGACAUGGCAAGGAAGUGACUAUAUCCGUUGGGAUCCAACAAUGUGCUUCGCCGAUGGUGAUGACAACAGCACAGUCGCGCCUGAAUGUGCCGAUCCGGAUUUUGACGUCGGUGAUAUCAGUGAUGACAUGUCCGCUCUAACUAAUAUAUAUGAAGAGAAAUUGUUCUGCAAUGAGUGUUUCUUGAAUCUGUAUCGGCAACGUCUCCUGAAUCCUUGGCUACCAGUUACCAAUUUCACGGAUUAUUUAGUCGAUCAGUUCAACCUUGUUCAAACAAAUUGCUCAACAACGCUGCCUUACAGCACUUCAGCCUCCACCUUAUACGUAGGGACGGCAACGGCUACUACCACCACCAGCGUAACGACGACAGGUUCCUCCGCAACAACUACACCGACUUGUCUGGGUCAAAUGGUGCAGCCGCUGCAAAACUGGCUCACCUGCAAUGAUCUUUGCGAUACGUACAAUAUAUCAACAGGUGACGCUAGAGUUGCCACUGGGGAUUACGCUUGCUAUUUCGACGAGGCUACCUGUUUCCCCCGUCCAUGCGAGAUCGAUACGGUUUGGGAUACACCAAGUUGUGACGGCCUUGCCACGAGAUAUUCCAACUCGACUUACACCGUGACCACUGCUCAAUUGCUUAGCUGGAAUACUAAUAUCCAGGGCAGUUGUUCAGGGAUUGCAGCAGGACAGCGUGUAUGUAAAAGUGCUCCUGGAGGAACGUUUCCUAAACCCAACGCGACCAUCACGGCGCCUGGUGCGACCGGCGAGCCUACUUACUACACAGCAGCCACUGCGGCUUACCCGACCCAAAGUGGAACCAUCAGCGAGUGCGGUAACUACUAUCUCGUUGUAGCCGGUGACGACUGUUCUACCAUCGACCUGCGCUUCGGUCUGAACUUUAGCCAGUUGCAAGAGUAUAACCCGUACCUUAACUCCACCUGCGGCAACCUGUGGCUUAAUUACGACAUAUGCGUCGCCCCUGUCACCCCUGAGACAGUCUCAACGGACGCACAGGCAACGGCACCGCGACGCAAGACGGCACCUGUGGACCUGAUUAUGGGGGCACGACUUGUAUUCCCAAGUUCGGAAACUGCUGUAGUAUAUACGGCUACUGCGGCAAUGGUACCACCUAUUGUGGUGCAGGGAACUGCUAUUCUGGCAGUUGUGACACUGAUAAUGGCGGCCCGUCCACAAAUGGAGAAUGUGGCCCGAAUUUUGCCGGAAACAAGACCUGCACUGGUACCCAGUUUGGGACGUGCUGUUCCGCGUCUGGUUAUUGUGGAAGUACCAGUGACUACUGUUCUGGGUCAAACUGCUAUAGCGGUGCUUGUACGUCGUGAUGUUGCUCAGUCUAUAAAAGAGGAGUUUCUCAGUGUAUAUACCAUUUCCAAGUAA